UACCCCUCUCCAUUAAAGCCGUGCGACGUGCAGCGUGACACGACCAUCCUGAGUCUGCGAUUGAUUUCAGCGUUUCGAAAUUGAAAACGGCUUUUCUUAAGUUAAAAUUACUGAGGAUAAUUCUUUGUUACGACGAUGCAGGGACAACUUCUCUUCAAGGUUUCAGCUCUUUUACUGGUUGCACUGACUGCGCAAGUCACGCCUGCAAUUCUUCCUGACACCACCGACUCAGCCCCAGCAAGCAGCACCUCUCCUGGAGACAUAGAGCUGCACAGUCAUAUCAAGAAGGAAUGUACACACCACAGCCAAUGCAGUUGCAUCGGCGGCAUCCCUAUCUGCCACGAAGGUUACUGCAAUUGCAUCGCCACCAGCCUCUUCUGCUUCAAACACAGCGAAUGUGCCAGUCGUUGUCGACCCGAGAUCGGUAUCUGCCUCGGGAGCUCCUGCAAGUGUUAUGAGCUGGUCGAGGACAGGGUAAAGAGUGAAAGACUAGCCCUUAUGUCAAAUCAGGAUGACCUCAAGUGACCUCAGCGAACGAACGGAAGUGACCCGUGAUGUUCAAAACCGGAAGACAUAACCAAAUGGCAAUUUGUCCUGAACGUGUAAUCUGUGUGUUGCAAGUAAAGACUUCACGGAAACCGUCGGGUUGAUCGGAGAAGAUGUUUAUAUAUCAUGGACUGGUACUAAUUUAUCAAGGAGUGGUGUCAGUGUAUCGCUUGUGUGGCGGUGGGGAUAGAUAAGAUAUGUCACAUUGUCACGCUGAACAGUUUAAUAUUUACACAUGGCAAGAUAUAUAAGAUCAUCAUCACUUAUGUUCAACAAUUAGUUACUUUUUGUGGAUUGUCAUUUCAAAAAGUACAAAAUAAAGUAAAACAGUGAAAGCAAAAACGGUUUGU